AUGGCGGACAAUUUCGACGACGUCCCCGACUCCACAGACUGGCUCUCGACGCCGCUCCCAGGCCUCUCAGCUGUGGAAGCCGCCCUGCGCUGCCAGGUCUGCAAAGACUUCUUCAAGACGCCCAUGCUCACGUCCUGCUGUCACACCUUCUGUUCGCUGUGCAUCCGCCGCGCCUUGUCCAACGAUGGCAAGUGCCCGCUCUGUCGCGCCUCGGAUCAAGAGUUGAAGCUGAGGAGUAAUUGGUCCAUGGGGGAGGCAGUGGAUUCGUUUGUUAAGUCAAGAAAAGAUAUUUUGGGGUUUGCGAGAACAGCAAGACAGCGGACGGGCCCGGCUUCGCCCAAGAGAAAGUUGGCGGAGGAUUCUACAACAAGUGAACAACAGCCAGAGACAAAGAGGCUCAGGAGUUCGGCGAGACUCAGUAAAACAAGGGCGGAAGAGGCUAAAGCUACGGUUUAUCAGGAGGAUGGCGACGUUCCCCAGUUGAACGAAGAGGAAGAGGAGGAUGAGGCGGGGGAUGCAACCUUCACCCCAGAAGACGGCCUCGUCCCAUGCCCGAUUUGCCAAACACGUAUGAAGCAGUUCCAAGUCUUCCGCCACCUUGAUAAUUGUCCAGGGCCUCAAUCGCAAUCAUCUCGCGCCAGCUCGAGUCGUACAUCAACCCCAAACACCCCAGCCCGAGGAGCGCCUCGCCAGACCCCCGCUCCCGAGCGUCUGCCUGCGAUAGCUUACUCCAUGCUUAAAGAUGCGGCUCUGCGUAAGAAGAUGUCCGACCUCGGUCUUUCGACGAACGGCACACGCCUGCAGCUCGAGAAGCGCCAUAAGGAGUGGAUAACGCUGUGGAACGCAAACUGCGACUCGGCGCGUCCAAAACGCCGCGCCGAGCUGCUUCAUGACUUGGAUGUAUGGGAGCGCACGCAAGGCUCUAGAGCCCCCGUGUUCGCGGCUCGACCUGGGGCGGCGGUCAAGGACAAGGAGUUCGAUGGUGCGGCGUGGGCGGUAAAGCAUGACACAUCGUUCAAGGACCUGAUUGCGAAUGCGCGCAAAUCAAGGGCGCAGGCUAAACAGAAAGCGGAGGAGGCAGCCGCUGAGGCAGGACACGAAUCUAAAGCGGCAGGGCCAGGCACGGUAGAGGCCUCUUCAGAAGCGGAGGUUGCGAUGGUUGACUUGACGGAUGCGCCAGGAGAUGCCGCCACGUCUGUCCCGGCAACUGAAAGUGUUGGUACCACGGAAACAAAUCCAGGUUUCUCAGAGCCCAACUUGGUGCAAGGCAGAGACUCUCCCCCAAAGACCCAGUCUCAAUCUGCGACAUACUAUAUGCAGGACGGCUUUUCAGAGCAAAUACCCCCAGUGGGACUGGGCACAGGGAAAUAA